AUUUAAUCUUAAUUCUUUUAUCAAAGCGCGCGAAUCGGCGGGUACUUCAACCGGUGAGAGUGAAAUAACUUACGGAAGAACGCAAAGGACGACAAUUUUCAGCAGUGACUUUUGAACUUUUAGUGCAUGGGAUUUUUUUAUUUUUUUUUGUUUUAUGAAUAAUAUGGUGUUUUAGCAACUUUUUUUUUUGAUCACAACCUCACCACAUCAGGCAUCAAAAUGGAAAUAUCCAUAGACGAUCAACCCGAAGUAAAAAUUCCUCCACCUCCCUCUGCCACCGAUCAAAAGGACCUUCCUCCAAUCGACAAGCAAUUCAAACAAAUAAAAAAGACUGACAACACGAUGACGAUAUCCACAAAAUUGUCGACCGACCAGCUCAUAUGCAAAACACCCCAAGAUUCUCCCACUGGCUCGGUCAUGGACAAAAACCCAUCUGGAUGUGUGAAAUUUAUGACGCCAAAUAGGGCCGUAAUGCUUCUAGGGAUUUUGCAAUUUUCGCUUGGGAUUUUGAUGGUUCUGUUCGGGGUUUAUGUGAUUGCUUAUAAGGCCAGUUUGAGUCACCUUGGUGGUGGUAUAUGGGGCGGCAUACUCGCCAUGAUCACAGGCAUAUCCGGUACCUUAGCUUCGGCCAAGCAUUUUUGCCCCUUCAAGAACACAGCCCAAAAAGUAGCUCACACGACAUUUCUAGCACUCAGCUUAAUCAGUAUAGCUGUCAGUCAGCUUAUAGUGGUCAUAGCCAGUACUGGAUUGGCUAGAGAUGUUAAUAGUGUGGAGUUUAUAGAGUCCAUGGAAAGAGCAGAGAACAUGACAACUUUUGCAAAACUAACCCAAGAAAUUCCACAAAACUACAAAGGAAUUCUGUUCAACGCGGCGCUAAUUUUGGUAUCUAGCUUGGAAUGCAUAACUGCAGCUGUAGCGGCCUACAGGAGCUCUAGGGAGCUGUGUCCAUGUUUCAAAAGAAGCGAGGAUUAUUAUCAGGAUAAUCUUAAUAUGAACAGAAGCCACGCGCUGGUCAGUUCAUGGUUGAUGGAAAAACAUGGAUCUGCUACAAGUGCUCCACAAAUCUACGUUGUUACUGGACCUACGUCUACUUUGGGUAGAGGAAGCAAACUGUCAACGACAAUGAUGCCAGUGUACGCUUUUCCGGCACCCAUGAUGCAGCAGCAAGUUAUGGGGUACCAUCCGGCUCUGAUUCCAGCACCUCUUGGGCCAGUACCGUCACCGAUUAUACCGCAUCCAACCAGAAAGAUCACCAAAGUCUAUAAGCACUACAGACCAACCAAGUCAAAGUCCAGAUCGAAAUCAAAGUCGAGAAGCCGAGAUCCGACUCCGAGAAACUUCAGAUCCAAGUCCAAAAGCAAAGAACCUCAAAUAACCGAACAAGAUGUCGUUAGAACUUAUACAGGUUUGGAUAGAACAAUGGCAGAAGAAUUUAUCGACAUUUGCGAAUUGAAAAACAACAGUUCUUGUAGCGAUACCAGUUGCAACAACAGUACUUGUCAGAGUCCGUGCAGUUCUUCAGCUGAUGGGUGUCACACGAAUAGCGACGCCAAUUCGCAGGAUUGCUUGAUCAAUAAAUAAAUAGUACCGCGUGCUAACAUGUAAAUAUUCUCGAGACUGUAUUAUUUUUUUCGCAUUCAUUAUAGAUAGGUACACACAUAAUAUGUUAAUAAUAACUCUUUUGUAAAUAUGAUUAUAUUUGUAUAUUAUUAUAUAAUACAUACAUAAAUAUUAUAUCUAUUUUUUUAUAUAAUAAUAAGUAAUAUUUUAUUCUUAUCGUGAUAUGUAUGUGAUUGAAACUAAAUAAGUAGGUAUGUGCUUAUGUGCUUGCUUAUAUACCAUUAUUUUUUUGUUGUCUCAAAAUGGCCGUUGCGGGUCUAAAAUAUGUUUUGAAACCAUAGAUUUUAAUACAUUAGUAUUAUCAUAUAACUGGAGAUGUUACGGAUAUCUUGUUUAUUAUCCUCUAUCCACUGACAUAGUGAAUUUUGGUAUCGGGUCUUCAAAAAAAAACCAAUCAAAGAUUGCUAUGGUUUUUUGAACGUAUGUCUUAGCAAAAUUUUUCUUUCAUUUUGUCAAUGAACCUAAUGUCAGAAUGGCAUGUCAAAAAUCCUGACCAAUAAAGAAACAGUAAUGCGACGUACGUUUUCGUAAUCAAAGCAAUCUUCGAUUGUUUUUUUUUUUUGAAGACCCGAUACCAAUGCCACUUUAAAAUUAUCUAAUGGAUAUUCAUUUUCCCAGUAUCCAUUAAAUUUUUUCUCCGCUGCAUCUCUUCAUUGCUACAUAUUACUAAUAAAAAAUAACGUGUGAUAAUUAUUAUUUCUUGAACAUUAAACACAAAAUAACAUAAAUAAAAUCAAUGUUUUAUUUCUUUUAUAAUACAAGUUACAUUAUGGUAAAUUGUACAUAUUGAAUAAAAAGUAGAUAUACAAGAAAUUUGAUGCGCUGCUUCUUCUCAUACAGCAUAAUGUGUUCUAUGGAAUCCUUGACCUGAAAAUUCGAAAUUGCC